AUGUCUCAAGCACAAGAUCUUGUUGUUGUUUCGACAUCUUCAAAAUCAUCGUCGGAAAUUAUUCAUUGUAUUGAACACCUUUGCUAUAACAUUGUAAUGAAAUUGAAUUUACAUCAAUAUCCAAAAUUGAAAAUAUACAAACGUCAAUAUGAUUAUGUAAAUGAAAAAGAUCGGGAAAAAAUUGUGAUGUAUGUUAACUUGUUGUCGACAAUACAUCGUCUGUUAACAACAAAAUCUUUUAUGAAUAAACGAGAGAUUUAUUAUUCAAAUGUACAACUAUUUAAACAUCAAUAUAUAUCGGAUAAACUCAUUGACAACAUCCAAAAACAUUUUAAUGUUGAUCGACAACAGUUGGGAAUUGUGGCUAGUUCAAAAGGUCUAAUAGCUGGAAAUGUUAAAUUAGUCAAUAAUAAUGGUGUUUUAAUCGAUUGUGUCCAAUUUCAACGUGGUUUAUUAAUACCGGAUCAAAUUGAAAAGAUUCAAAUCAUACAAACGGACUUACAAUUCGUUUUGAUUGUGGAGAAAGAUACUGUGUUUCAACAUUUAAUUGAUGAAGGUUUAUUUGUUAAAUAUCCAAAAUGUUGUCUUGUAACCGGUCGAGGCUAUCCUGACCAUAAUACUCGUCAGUUUUUAUUACACUUAUCCUUACUUUAUCCUGAUGUACCAUUUUAUGCUCUAAUGGAUUGUGAUAUACAUGGCAUAGCAAUAUUAUCGACAUAUAAAUAUUCUAUAACGGCAACUACAGAUGAUGCAAUGAAACCAUCUUCGUUGAAAAAUUUACAUUGGCUGGGUAUUUGGCCAGAAGAAAUUGUUGAUCAGCAAACAAUUCAAUCGAUAACAAACGAACGUGAGAAAGGAAUGAUAAAACAAUUUAUGAAACGUCCCUAUUUGUUGGAAACUUGGUUAAAACAAUUAAAAAUCUUGGAUCAAAUACAAAAAAAAUUAGAAAUUGAAUCUAUUUAUGAUCAAGAUAAACAAUAUAUGACACAAAUAUAUAUACCAAAAAAAUUAAUUGCAGGAAAUUGGUUGUAG